UAGUGACUCCAUAUUUCUCGACGAAUCUCGAACUAAACCGGUCAAUCGGAGGCCGCCAUUGGCGAUUGUUUUAUUUUCUGAGUCCGUGUCGCGAUAGAAAAAAAAGUUACCGCAGAAGCUUGUCAAUAUUCCGCCAAAAAUGAAUCCCGGCGUGGAAGAGGACACGCGACUUCCCGAGGAUUUGGUAGAUGAUAUCGAUGAAAUAUCGCCGCCGGAAAGCAAGCGUAUACGGUUGGAUGAUGGCUCUAACAACAAUCUCAACAGCACGUUAAAUAGUGCAACAAAAAACAAUACACGCUGGACUUGUGCAGGAGAUACAAGUCUGGUAGAGCCAGAGAUUCUGGAAGAUAUGGGUGUCAGUAUGUUGGAAGACGAAGAAAUGAGUGGCGGAUCAGUGAAAAAAUUGAAAACACACGAGUGCACCAUCUCACCAACUGGUUCUCAGAACAGGAGAACGCAAUCUACAGAGAAUGGAGAUAUUGUUUACGGAAGUCACAGUACCAUGUAUCGAGAUUCAAGUUUUGAGACUGUUCAUUUAGAGAGAUCAGAGAGAUCACAAGAUCCAUUUGAGUUGGAGGAUGCUUCUGUAUAUUUGUCUAUCGGCAAUGAGUCUGGUUAUUCGUCAAGAGUUGAAACAGAAACAUUUGGAGACAUGAAACAAAGUUUCAGCAAAGAUGAAUUGGGAGACAUGGUAGAUAAGAACGGAUUGGAUCAAUUUUAUUUGUACAGACGAAAGAAAAGACCGUCUAUUACUGGUGAAGAUAAAUUCAACAAACUCUCUGACGAAAUGAUUCUGAUGAUCUUAAGGUGGCUUCCUAAAAAAUGCUUGGUGCGUUCAAUGCUUGUUUGCAAACGAUGGUGUCAGAUUGCCCGUGACGAGGCAUUGUGGAGUCGUUUAGACCUUGGUGGUAAAGUUUUGGGAGAAGGAACCCUGGGACAUAUCCUGCCACGAGGUGUUCAAACAUUGAGACUGGCUCAAGCAGAAAUCGCAGACCCAGUAUUUCAGCCAAGCAGUGAAACUCUGAACGAAAAUUACGUCAGUAAGCUGCAAUACCUAGAUUUGUCAAUGUCCGUUAUAUCGCCUGAUGGAUUGGCAGCUUUGUUAUCUGUGUGUAAAUUUUUGAAAAAAUUAUCUCUCGAGAAAUGUACACUGAAUAGACUUUGCUGUACUGCUAUAAGCAAAAAUCAAGACUUGGAAGUUCUAAAUUUAACCAUGUGUGAAGGAAUUGAUAUAAAAUGUCUCCAGGAUAUUCUAAAAUUGUCAAGAUUGAAUGCUCUUAACGUUGCUUGGUGUGGCUUGGAUUUAGAAUGUAUGACAUUACUUUGUCGACAAUUACCAAGCACCAUUACCCGACUGAAUAUUGCCGGAUGUCGGAAAACCAUGACAGAUGAUAAUGUCAAAGAGUUGGUAAAAUGCUGCCCGCGUAUCAUCGAACUCGAUAUGAGUGAUUGUACAAUGCUUACAAUCAAUGCCACCCAAAGUCUAUUAAGCCUCACAAAGUUAGAACACUUAGCCCUAAGUCGCUGCUACAGUAUUCCUCCUACCACUUAUUUAAGACUAGCUCACAUGCCCUGCCUAAUGUACCUGGACGUCUUUGGAUUAAUGGCCGAACCUACUUUAGAUACACUGCAAGCAAGUUGCGGAAAUACUGAAAUAAACAAGUUCCUAUACAGUUCAGUCGCCAGACCGACAGUUGGUGUUAGGCGAACGAGUAUUUGGGGUCUUAGAGUUAGAGAUUAGGAAGCUAGAAGAAUUGAAAAAAAUCUCAUUUAGUGAUUUACGAAAAACCAGAGAAUUCGACUAGUAGUAGGUAUAGUUGAUUACAAAUCGCGUUUUGUCGCAGUAACUGAGAAUAAAUCGGACUUAAUCUCCGGUAAAUACGAUUAAACGAUUUCUUGAAAACUGAAGUAAUAAUAAUAAAGUAAAAAGUUCAUUAUGGUAUGUAUUUCGAAAGUAGUGCCAGAAAGCGGUAAUAGAAUUGAUUUUCAUUUUUGUAAAUAAAUUCUCAUACAAGACGAUUAA